CGCUCUCGGCUGAAGCGCAGUCAUAUGCGUAUCGUUCAAGCCAGCGAUUCCCGAGAGAGAGAGAGAGAGAUGUACUCCACCGGGGGCCUAGUUUCCAACCUGAGGACGCGUCACGGCGCCUUCUUGGCGACUUUAUCGGUCGUCGCGCUCUCGUCGGUCGCCGUGUCCCUCGUGAUCUACCAAGUUGAACCGGAGCCAUACAUGGACGAGAUCUGGCACGUCCCCAUGGCGUUCAAUUACUGCGCCGGAAAUUACAGCCACUGGGACGAAGGAGUCACCACGCUUCCGGGAGUCUACGCUCUGUCCAUGAUGUUGCUUUUCGUGCUUGGCUUCUUCAGUUCAGCGAACCUCUGCACCGUUUACGCCCUCCGCUGCACCAACAUGAUCUUGGGGCUGGGCAACUGGGUCGCGGCGUACGCGAUCGCCGCCGUGUUGGCUCGACCCGGCGACCCCAUGCGUCUCAAGCCACUUCUGGUCAGCGCCGCGGUCAACUCGCUCCCCAUUCUCCAGUCACUGACCCACGUUUACUACACCGACCCAGGAGGCGUGUUUUUCCUCCUGUUGAUGUACCUGUCGUACCUCCACCGGAGGCACUGGCUGGCGGUGACCUUCGGAGCCGUGGCCGUAUUCUUCCGGCAGUCUUCUGUGGUGUGGGUGGCCAUGACGGCUGGGUUCGCGGUCCUGAACACGUUCGAGGCAAGCUUUCAGGCCUCUUACGAGAACGUGGUUCUAGAAAUGCUUCCACAAGGCGACAAGAACGGCGUCCCGCGACUACACAUACCGGGAAGGUGUGAGAACGGUGUCCACGAACAGUUUUCGAGAGACUGCGAGAACAGCGUCCAAGGACGAUGUCCUGGUGGAGAUUGCAAGAACUGUGAAGUUUGCAGGAAUAUAUUUCAGGGAAAUAUUCCACGAGACUGCAGGAAAGGCCUUCAUGAAUGCCGAGAAGAACACUACGAGAACGGCGUUCAGGGACAGCGCCAAGGAAGCAACAAGGAUGGCGUCCGCCGUACGACAGCGUCGCGCCAAGAACUGCAACCCAAGCACCGUCUCCACGUCGUCUGGACGAUCGUGGUCGACGACCUGCGCGGGGCACUUAUGGACUGCCUCGGCUACUGUCUCGUUGGCAUCUGCUUCGCCGCAUUCAUCGUCUUCAACGACGGCGUCGUUGUGGGGGACCAGCGAGCACACCGUGUCUGCUUCCACCCCCCUCAGAUGGGGUACUACUUGGUCUUCACGCUUUUCCACGCAGCCCCUCACUUACUCAGACCUUCGGUCAUCGCCGACUUCCGGAAGAGCCUUGCGCGAAGACCGCUCUUGUACGCGGUAAUAACGCUAAUCUCGGUUCUCGCCGUCCAGAACUGCACACACCUGCAUCCUUACACCCUGCUGGACAACCGUCACCUGACGUUCCACGUUUGGACUCAGGUCAUGGGCAGGGGCCCGCUAGUCCGCUGCUGCCUGGUGCCAGCCUACGUGUACGCAGGCUACGCCGUCCUUCGCAGGCUGGAGCACACCCAGCUGCUCUGGCGCGCGCUGUAUCUCGCGUGCGUGUUCGCCGCCACCUCGUUUCACGAGAUGCUCGAGUUUCGCUACUUCAUCGUGCCCUACGUCUUCUUCCGUCUUCACGUGCGGGGCGAAACUUGCCGAGAGCUCUUCGCCGAGCUGGUGCUGAACAGUGUCACGUACUGCGCGAUGCUGUACAUGUUCCUCUCCCGCGCCGUCGUGUGGAACAUUGACGGCACGGCUCAAAGUUUCUUUUGGUAG